GCGUCGCAGGCCCCGCCCCUCUGGCGGAAGCUCUGGAUUCGGCGCUGUCGUGGUCGCCGAGCCCCGCCCGACGCUGUGUGUUGCCGGGGCAACCCGAAAGGACUCAGCCAAACCAAACGCAAGUGGCGACGGCUAUACGGGCAGCAACGAUGUCUAACCCUGUGCACGGUCUGCCUUUUCUCCCGGGCACGUCCUUUAGGGACUCUACGAAAAUAGCCUUUCACAGAAGCCAGACGCUGGGCUACAGAAAUGGCUAUGCAGUUGUACGACGCCCAACAGUUGCGAUUGGUGGGGACCGGCUUCAGGUUAACCAGCUGUCCCAGGCUGAGCUGGAUGAGUUGGCCAGGAACGCACCCUUUCUAACUUAUGGCCAACCGAAGCAGGCUCCACCUGCAGAGUUUAUUCCUGCAUAUGUGGCUUUUGACAAGAAGGUGCUGAAAUUUGAUGCCUAUUUUCAAGAAGAUAUUCCUGCAUCGGCUGAGGAACAUUAUAGAAUUCGUCAAGUGAACAUUUACUACUAUCUGGAAGAUGACAGCAUGUCUAUCAUGGAGCCAAUUGUGGAAAACUCUGGGAUGCCUCAAGGCAAGUUAGUCAAACGCCAUUGCUUACCCAAGAAUGAUGUGGGAGACCAUUACCAUUGGAAAGACCUAAAUCGAGGAAUAGACAUCACAAUUUAUGGCAGAACUUUUCGCAUUGUCGACUGUGACCAGUUCACACAGGCAUUUUUGGAAAGUCAAGGAAUUGAAUUAAAUCCACCAGAGAAGAUGGCCCUUGACCCUUACACUGAACUCCGGAAACAACCUGUUCGCAAGUAUGUCACUCCCUCGAAUUUCGACCAACUCAGGAGAUUUCUCACCUUUGACAAAAAAGUUCUUCGCUUCUAUGCGAUCUGGGAUGACACUGACAGCAUGUUUGGUGAAUGUCAGAACUACAUUAUUCAUUACUAUCUUAUGGAUGAUACAGUGGAAAUUCAAGAGGUCCAUGAACGGAAUGAUGGGAGAGAUCCUUUCCCACUGCUGAUGAACCGCCGGCGCAUUCCCAAGGUCCUGGUGGAAAAUGCAAAGAACUUCCCCCAGUGUGUGCUGGAGAUCUCUGACCAGGAGGUCUUGGAAUGGUACACUGCCAAAGACUUCAUCGUAGGGAAACCGCUCACUAUCCUCGGGAGAACUUUCUUCAUCUAUGAUUGUGAUGAAUUUACUCGACAGUUCUACAAAGAAAAGUUUGGAAUCGCCGACUUACCACGUAUUGAUGUAAGCAAGAAGGAACCACCUCCCAUAAAACAGGAAUUACCUCCGUAUAACGGUUAUGGACUACUUGAAGAUUCUGCUCAGAAUUGCUUUGCUCUCAUUCCGAAACCUCCAAAAAAAGAUAUUAAAAUGCUGCUGAGUGACAACAAGGUGCUUCGUUAUUUGGCUGCACUGGAAUCCCCCGUCCCAGAAGACAAAGACCGCCGAUUUAUCUUCUCUUAUUUUCUAGCCACCAAUACCAUCAGUAUCUUUGAGCCUCCUGUUCGAAACUCUGGUAUCAUUGGGGGCAAGUACCUCGGCAGGUCUAGAGUUAUGAAGCCCUUUUCCCCUGUGGACAACCCCAACUACUAUGGCCCUGGUGACUUCUUCAUUGGUGCUGUGAUUGAGGUGUUCAGCCACCGGUUCGUCAUCCUUGAUACUGAUGAGUAUGUCUUAAAAUACAUGGAGAGCAAUGCUGAGCAGUUUUCACCAGAAGCAAUUGCAUCAGUCCAAAACCACAUCCGAAAACAAGAGGCUGCCGCACCAGAGCUGGAAAACAAACAAGCUGAAGAGGAUCCAAGCAUACACGAACUGGAAGCAUUAAUAGACACAAUCCAGAAGCAACUGAAAGAUCAUCCAUGCAAAAACAGCAUUCAUGAAGCGUUUCAAAGUCACGACAAAGAAGCAUCGGGCUAUGUGGACAGAGACACAUUCUUCAAAGUCUGUGAUUCUCUGAAUGUCCCAGUUGAUGACUCUGUGGUCAAGGAGUUAAUCAGGUUGUGCUCUCCCGGAGAAGACAGGGUUAACUACUAUAACUUUGUCCGUGCUUUCUCAAACUGACCUGGCUGGUGACUGAACACAACAUAAAUUUUUGAUGUUGGACCUGAACUUGGGAUUACAUCUUGUGUUCCUCAUAGAAAGAUCUACAGAACCCCUGAAAUUAUAUUUCUUUUUUGGUUCUUGUUCCACAACUGCUGAAGUCUGAAUUAAAUUGAUUCUAAGAUUAAAUAA